CAGAGAGAGACUGAAGACGUACGUGAAGAAGAAGAUAGAGUCAAUCAAAAAAAGGGAAGAAAUUAUAACUCCCAAUCUCAUAAGUGGGUAGGGGUCGUAGAGGAUAAGAAAGCCAUUUUCUUUCCAUAAUUCCUCCUACAUACGCUCUCUUCUUUGUCUUUUCUCUUCCUCACAAUUGCCCCUCCUUUCUCUCUGUGUUUGUACAGCUUAUAAAAUAAAUAAAUAAAUAUUAUCUUUGAACAACCCCCGUCCUCUCUCUUUCAUCCUCUCCUCCGAAAACCACACUUUUUUUCUCUUUAUGUCUGGAACUAGAAUGUUGCGGAGAUGCAGGAAACUCAAGGAUGCAACGAAUCCUCUGUUACUCUCUUCCCGUUUCGCAACCCCGGUCCGUUUCUCAAGAGGAAUCUCCACCCACUUGAACUACUUAAACAUCGGGUGUAACCGCCGGAAGGAAUCAUUGAUCGGAAUCCAAGAGCGCUACAAGUGGGAGAAUUCUAAGGACGACAACAAUGUUCGGAAAAUUAGGGCAGAAGCGAAUUGUCCGAGGUGCUCAAAACACAUGGAUGUGCUCUUCUCCAAUCGGAGUUUCGUAUUUAGUAAUAAUUCUAAUCUUGAUCAUCAUCAUCAUCCUCAUUUGAGUCGCAAUAAUGAUACUGCUAAUAAUAAUACUAAUAAUACUACAACUGCUGAUACUGGCGCUAAUGGAAAUGGGCAUAAUAAUAAUUAUCAGGCUGUGAAUUUCUGUCCUAAUUGUAAGACAGCCUAUUAUUUUAGGCCGGAUAAGAUUGCGCCGUUACAAGGCAGUUUUGUUGAGAUUGGUAGGAUUAGUAAUAAGGGGAAUGGAAGAAAUGGGAAUAAGGGAGGUAAGGAAGGGAGUAAUGGUGGUGAAGAGGGAGUGGAUUAUGCCAAUGUUACAAAUACUAUUAAUAAUAGGUUAAGGGUAUCGUUUUGGGAGACGUUGAGGUCGUAUGGAGGGGAUCCGCCUGAGAAUUGGCCUCAGGGGAUUCCUCCUCCGCCACCCCCGGGUGGGAAUGGGUUGGCUGUGCAUACGCCUCCUGGUCCGCCGUUUACUCCGGGGGUUAGCGUCGUUAGGGCUUUUAAGCCAGGUGGAGAAAAGAGUGGAGGUGGUGGUGGGAAUGGAGGUGGUGAGAAGAAUGGUGCUGGAUGGGGUGGGUCAAAUUUGGGGAAGGAAUUGCCGACGCCAAAGGAGAUUUGCAAAGGUCUUGAUAAGUUUGUUAUUGGACAGGACAGAGCAAAAAAGGUACUUUCUGUGGCUGUCUACAACCAUUAUAAGAGGAUUUAUCAUUCCUCCUUGCGGAAAGGGCCAGGAGCAGAAUCAGGAACUUUGGAGGCUAUAGAUGAUGAAGACAAUGUGGAACUGGAAAAAAGCAAUGUACUCUUGAUGGGCCCAACUGGCUCAGGGAAGACAUUGUUGGCAAAAACACUAGCACGCUUUGUGAAUGUGCCAUUUGUGAUUGCUGAUGCAACAACACUAACCCAGGCUGGUUACGUUGGUGAAGAUGUUGAAUCAAUAUUGUAUAAAUUACUCUCGGCAGCUGAAUUUAAUGUGCAAGCAGCUCAACAAGGAAUGGUCUACAUUGAUGAAGUUGAUAAGAUAACAAAGAAGGCUGAGAGCUUAAAUAUAAGCAGGGAUGUUUCUGGUGAGGGUGUCCAACAGGCAUUAUUGAAAAUGCUGGAAGGAACUAUAGUAAAUGUUCCUGAGAAGGGGGCGAGGAAGCAUCCUCGGGGUGAUAACAUACAGAUAGAUACAAAAAAUAUCCUCUUUAUAUGUGGUGGAGCAUUUGUUGAUCUUGAAAAGACCAUUUCAGAGAGACGACAAGAUUCAUCAAUUGGAUUUGGAGCACCUGUUCGUGCUAAUAUGAGAGCAGGUGGAGUAACCAAUGCUGCAAUCACUUCAUCUUUGCUAGAAUCCGUUGAGAGUGCGGAUCUUAUUGCUUAUGGCCUUAUACCGGAGUUUAUUGGACGCUUUCCAAUAUUAGUUAGUUUGGCAGCUCUAACUGAGGAUCAACUUGUUAGGGUCCUCAUGGAACCGAGAAAUGCCCUUGGUAAACAGUAUAAGAAGUUGUUUAGCAUGAAUAAUGUGAAGCUAAAUUUUACUGAAAAGGCACUAAGACUAAUUGCGAAAAAGGCAAUGGCUAAGAAUACUGGUGCCAGGGGUUUAAGAGCCAUACUUGAAAGCAUUCUAACUGAAGCCAUGUAUGAGAUCCCAGACAUCAAAACAGGAAGUGAUAGAGUAGAUGCUGUUGUAAUUGAUGAGGAGUCUGUAGGUUCAGUGCAUGCUCCUGGAAGUGGUGGGAAAAUCCUGCGUGGAGAUGGUGCAUUGGAGCAUUACCUAGCGGAAUAUAAGGACUCUGUUGAGGCAGCUGAUGGGGAGUUGCAGGACGCUGAAUCAGAGGUUUCAUCAAGAGCAAUGAGCAUGUAGCACUACUACAAAGAUAACUGUUAAAGUUACAAUUCCUCUUUUUAUUUGUAAAAAUCAAAUUCAUGAUUGGAUGUAAUAAUCCCUUGUAGAACAGCAUAGUUUCUGGUUGAAAAGUUAAUUGGAUAAUAGGAAAAGUAAAUGAGGAAAAUACGUAGGACAUUGUACAAAAGUUCUAUUCAUUCUCUUCAAGGAGACAUAAUUUCUCAAUUUUCAAUUU